AUGACCUACGCUGAAUCGACUCGAUCCGCCGUCGUCUAUUCGUCGAUUGUGCCACCACCCCGUACUCCUGUUGCACCUUCCAUGCUGAAAGAUGGUGUGCGGAAAGGCUCCGCUCCGCAACCGCUUCAGCCGAAAAACGGUACUAACAGUCUAGAUUUCUGGAGUAAAUCGGAAGACGAAAAGUCUGGAAUCACUUGCUACUAUAGUCGACACAACAUUCAAUUCCCAUCUCAAAAGCAGAUAAAUCGGAUGAAACAAAUGCCUGGAAGACCCACGAUGAACGGAUUCCCUUCCACAUCCGCUGCUCAAAACGGGAAUGGAGUCCCUAAAUAUCCACCGUUUCCACAGAAUACACCAGAGUCUGUGAUGAGUCCUCCAGUUGGAAUCUACCGUAAUGUGCCAGCGAUGCCCCGUGCAAAGCUCUCGAAAGAUGAGAAAAACGGAAAAACUCGUACAGAAGAAAAUGGAAAUUCGAAAAAUGUGGUUUGGGGAGGAGCGUCAAAGAGAGAUGAUGAUGUUGGAAACGCUUCAGCAAUCACUCCUCUCAAUCCAUAUUCUGGAAAUGCAUCAGUAGAGAAGAAGAGAUCAACUGCUAGAAGGAAACCAAGAUGGACACGAUGCUUCCAGACACUUUUCUGCUGUUUCAGCCGGGUGUCGCGCUCCCUUCAAAAAGAAGUGAAGGGUGGGAGGGCAGCUGAGAAAAUCCAAUCAAACCAACGAACGAACAGUACCAACAACAAUCAUCAAAAUGGAAGACCGUCAACACCAACCAAUAAUGCCGGACCGCCGAUUCAGCUUAUCACUCAGGUUCAUCGCGAUGGAACGGUGACAGGACUACCACAAACAGGCCAAAAUGGUCAGCCGAUUGGAGGCAGUGGGGAUGGAGUAACAACCUAUGAUAAGGUUGCAAAUGAUUCCAUUGGAUCAAUAAAUGAGAAGCCGCUUUUGCCGCCAUUGUUACCUCACGACAGCAAGAAGAAGUGUUUGGUGAUCGAUCUUGAUGAGACACUGGUGCAUUCUUCGUUCAAGCCAGUGAAGAACCCAGAUUUCGUGAUUCCCGUUGAGAUUGAUGGUGUCGAACAUCAAGUUUACGUACUGAAACGACCGUACGUCGACGAGUUUCUUGCCAGAGUUGGCGAACACUUUGAGUGCAUUCUGUUCACUGCGUCACUCGCAAAGUAUGCCGAUCCAGUGGCCGAUUUGUUGGACAAGAAGAAGGUUUUCAGAGGAAGACUCUUCCGUGAAGCAUGUGUAUUCCACAAGGGUAAUUAUGUCAAAGAUCUAAGUCGGUUGGGAAGGAAUCUGGAGCAAUGUUUAAUAAUUGACAACUCUCCAGCUAGUUAUGCUUUCCAUCCUGAAAAUGCUGUUCCUGUCACGACAUGGUUUGAUGAUCCAGCCGAUACGGAGUUAUUAGACAUUCUGCCCACUUUGGAGCAUCUGAACGGGUACACAAGUAUCUAUCACAUGUAUCAACCAGAAGAAGGACCACAGUCGGAGCUUCUCAAUCAUUGUUCAUGCUGA